AUGGCUUCAUUUUAUAGUUCGACAAGCGCUAUGCUUAGGACACCUCAGUCAGUAGUUCGAACGCGUUGUUGUCGCCCCAAAACAUCAAUCCGGUCGUUGAGCUUCACUGCCUCCCUCAAGCUAUCAACCGCGUCGCAAGCAGAGAAACAAAAACGAGUGGCCGUUCUAUACCAGGCAAUCGAACCGCCAGUGAUCAAUGGCGUUCGCAAACCAAUGAAGCCAGGCGGAUACCGAGAUUCAGGAGCUGAUAUCGCUUACAACCUCCAAGCCAGCAACGCCGUCACCGCUGUCACUCCCGUCCCAAGUCCCUCACCUCAAAAAGACUCCGAAUGGUGCUUCCCCGACACCGAAGAAGGCAUCCUGAGCGCCGUCGACAAGGGAGCGACUCAUUUGUGGGCAAACACAAUCCUCUUCGCCUCUCACCCUCUUCAGACCUCGAAAGCGCUCGAAGCGCAUCAAGACUCGUUACGCGUCGUCGGCCACGGCCCCCUCGUCGUCGAAAAGUACGACGACAAAGAACUCGUGAAUAACUUCCUCCGCCGCACCGGCGGCUUCACCAUGCCCCGCGCCUGGACGAUCCACUCUCAUCCGGCCUUCGCAGCCGAUCUCCAGCAGCAAAACCUUCCGUUCCCCAUCGUCGCAAAGCCGAUCCGCGGCAGGGGAAGCCACGGCGUUAAGGUAUGCCAAAACCUCGAAGACCUCACUCUACACGCCAAAGCCCUUUUCGAAGAGUCCCCGACAAUCAUGCUGGAGGAGUACCUCGCCGGAGAAGAAGCCACGGUCACCGUGAUGCCGCCGAAUUCCCGGCAGAGAGAUUACUGGUCUCUUCCCAUCGUCACGCGAUUCAACCACCAGAACGGCAUUGCUCCGUACAACGGCGUCGUGGCCGUCACUGCGAACUCGAGGGUCGUCACGCGAGAAGAGGAGAGGGACCCAGCGUAUGGGCAGAUUGCGAGGGAAUGCGAGAGGGUCGCCAAGGUUUUGGGAGUUACGGCUCCGAUCCGCAUCGAUGUACGACGCUUCAGGGAUUCGUCGGAGUCGAUGUUUGCUUUGUUUGAUGUGAACAUGAAGCCGAAUAUGACCGGCCCUGGUAGGCCAGGAAGGGACGACCAGGCCAGCUUGACGCUCCUAGCGGCCGAGGCAUUGGGUUGGGAUUAUCCAGAGCUUUUGAAGCAGAUUCUGAGUACAUCGUCUAGCUUGAGGUCGUUAAGGGAACUGCAGCCCAAGGCUUAA